CGCCGGGAGUCGAGCGGCGGCCGGGCCGGCAUGGCGUGGCCCUGCAUCAGCCGCCUCUGCUGCCUGGCGCGGCGCUGGAACCAGCUGGACCGCUCCGACGUGGCCGUGCCAUUGACCCUGCACAGCUAUUCGGACCUCGAGAGCGAGGAGCCGGGCCCGGGCAGUGCCACUUCGCGCAAGUGCCCGUCCCCUGUGGGCGGCCGGGACCCCAGCCGGGACGUGCCGCUUACUCAGUACCAGCGGGACUUUGGCGUGUGGACAGCGCCCGCGGGGCCGAGAGAUACAGCACAGGCUCGCAGGCCCGGGGCGGGCAGCCGCAGGGUCAAGCCCCCAGCGCCCCCUUGCCGGGGGGUGUAUGUGCUCCCCAUCGGAGAUGCGGACGGAGCUGCAGCGGCGACCACGUCGUACAGACAGGAAUUCCAGGCCUGGACUGGAGUGAAACCGUCCAAAUCCACAAAGGCGAAACCCACCACAGUCAUCACAACCCACAGCUCCAGAUGGGACGGCAGCCCUGGGGCUGGCUUCCAGGUCCCUGAGGUGAGAAAGAAGUUCGCCCCUAAUCCCUCAGCCAUCUUCCAGGCCCCUGCACCCCGGAUCCUCAACGUGUGACUGUCCAUCGAGAGGAGUGAGCCCCGGGCAACAGAACCCGUGCCCCAGGGGCUGGGUGAGGUCUUGGUCCGGAUGGACCCUGUGCAGAGGCACCGCUCCUCGCGGGCAGAACAGAGGCCCAGGAGGACCACCACGCCACCCUCUUCUUCCUCAAGAAGUGUGCAGAAGGCUUCGGAUCUUUAACUGCCUCGUUUGGCCGCCCUUCGGUUUUUAAAUCUGAAGAACUUGAUCAACUCUACCAAGAACUGGUCCCUGGGGGCUGAGGAAUAUGGACAUAAUAGGUCCUUGGAAGAUCCAGUAAUGUCCCCUUUGUCCUCCCAGGCUGCAUGAUAAUUUUAUAACCUAUGGUAACCCAAGGCAAUAGCCUUGGAUAGUCCUGCAAAAGGCUCACUCGUUCAGGCUGUACGAGAAAUCUUAGGUUAUCCCCUGCGUGGGACUCAUGAUGAUGCCAACGAGUAACCACGGAGAAAUUCCCAAAGAAACAAAGUAUCAAUCAUACCGUUUCAACUUUAAAGACAAUUUCUUUAUGGCCAAGAUGACCCUGAUUUUAACCAAACAUUUCUUGGGAUGAGUGAAGUACCAAACCAAUGACAUUUACCAUGUGGUAGGGUUUUGAACCUCACAAGCUCCAGUGCUGUCCCCUUAACAUAUUAAUGACUAGAUGGGAACUACUAUACACACUGGCUAAAAACAGAGCUUUGGGGGGGAAAGGGUGGCAUUAACCUCAUUCCCUAAAAGACCUUUAAAAAGUCACCUCAUUACAGGGAGCUCACUACCUGUUGAGGAGGCAGCUCAUUUUGUUUUUGGAAGGCCCUCCCCUGACUUUCUCGAUAAAUUCCAGCUAAUGGAGCCACCUGGAACCAGCUUGGUCCCCUCUUUGCACAGCAGCCCUUGAAACAUCUGAAGGAGUCUGUGUUCCUUUUACAGCUGAGAGGCACCAGCUUGGGACAGUAUUGCUAAGGAAACUCAAGGAUUUCCCCUCGGAUCUUUAUUCCCCUCCAGCCCACAAGGGGCUUAGCUAGGUGAGCAUUUACUUUCGCCACAGGAGGUGGCGUUCAGGUUUUAGAAGCAGCUCAAGAGUGGGAGGUGGGGCGUGUUUCCAGCUCAGGCUGCAAGGGGGCCGUCCCCUCAGAGGUGCUAGCUCCUGGCUCCAGCAGGCACAGCCCUUCCCCUUGUUCCAACAGAGGAAAUGCUCUGAGAGAAUAAUUUUAAAGAGAAAAGCAAAACCAUAUGCUUACACAAAGGCUUCUAUUAUUUCAGACUUCAUUGGUUUGCAUGUUAGAUGUUUCUAAGAGAAAAGAGACUGCCUGCUGGGCAUUCUGUGAGAAGCAAACAGAUUAACUGUACAAUCUCAGAUUUUACUAAAAUGCAAAUGUACUGUUUCAACUUCUUGUUAACUUAUUUCUUUAAAUUACUUACAAACAUGA